CAUAAAACAUCUUCAUAUCAUUCUCAUCUUCAAACAAUGGCGGUUUCAAAGCUCGCGUUGGCUGCUACAAGCGGUAAGAACUGCAAAGUACUCUUAGGGCUAAGAUUACUUGCCUUCUCAGCCACGUUAUCUGCAGCCAUUGUUAUGGGAUUGAACAAAGAAACAAAGACUUUCGUCGUGGGACAAGUUGGGAAUACUCCAAUCAAAGCUACUUUCACUGCUAAGUUCGACCACACACCAGCUUUUGUGUUUUUUGUGGUAGCUAAUGCAAUGGUGAGCUUCCACAACUUGUUGAUGAUUGGUCUUCAGAUCUUUGGAGGAGAAAUCGAAUUCACUGGCUUUCGUCUUCUCUCUGUCGCCAUUCUUGACAUGUUGAAUGUGACUUUAAUAUCGGCGGCAGCAAACGCGGCGGCGUUCAUGGCGGAGGUAGGAAAGAACGGGAAUAAACACGCGAGAUGGGAAAAGAUUUGUGACAGAUUCGCUACUUAUUGUGAUCACGGUGCCGGAGCCUUAAUAGCCGCCUUCGCCGGUGUAAUCCUUAUGCUUAUCAUCUCCGCCGUUUCAAUCUCUCGUCUCGUCCAGCCGAACAAAUACUGCUCCACCACCGCAUCUCCCUCCGUCGUCCCUUGAAAACAUAUACACGUGUGGUCGUGUGGACAUGCACACGUGUUUCGUUCCCCUGUUUUAAUUUUUCUUUCUUUCUCUCUUACUACUCCUUUGUUUCUUGUUGAGUGUUUUGGUGUUGUAUCUCAGAGUGUGAUGUAUCAGAUUGUGUAAGCAUCUUAAGCAUUUGCAUUGUCUCUUCUUAGUAAAACUUUCUUCUUUUGUGUCUAUACGUAAA